AUGCCUUUGGACACUCGUCGUCAGACGGAAAAGCCCCUUUACAUACACCAUCAGGAAAGAGAAACCCGUCCCCCCCCCCUUCCCCCCCCCUCCUAA